CUGUGACUCAGAAUUCAAGUUUUUGUUUCCGCACAUUUUUAAACUUUGUGCUUGUUUGAUGACUAGAAUAGGGAUGAAGAUAGAGAAACGGCAUCAUGUAUCUACUGAAGAGUAAAGAGAACAAUGAAAAGAGGGAAUCAAGGGAUCUCCAAAACAAAAGCAGAAAAUUUGUUGAAAGGCAAAUCAGGUCAGCUUCUGUGGACAGUUCAGGUUUGAAAGGUGACGACCUUUUAUCAUCAUCCUUAGAAAAAUAUGAUGUGGAUGAACUUCCAGAUGGUUCGGUCAUUUCUCCACAGAAGAUUAUCAGUAGUCCAGAAGAUCGAGAAACAUCUGUCAGAUCAGCAGAGUAUAUCGGAUCAUUUUCUGUAUGUGGAGUUGACCAGCAGUCAAGGACAGAAUAUGUGAGGGGACAGCUAUCUAGUUUAUUGGAUGGUCGGAGUAAGGAGGUACUGCUAGUCAUUUCUAUAUCUGGUAUCAAGGUCUGCAGCAAGAAUGGACAGAGUGUCUACAUGGCCCAUGCUGUGAAAAGAAUCUCUUAUGCUACAUGUGACCUCCAGAAUUGCCAGUUUGCCAUUAUUGCAAGAGAACCCAAGGGAUCUGCUAGCACUCAACAUUGCCACGCCUUCAGAACCUCUACCCCCCAGCAAGCUGAAGAACUGAACACAUUAGUCGGUGAUAUGUUUAAAAUGACAUAUGCAGCGGAACGCCAGAAGAAUUCACCCACAUUUAAUGAUAUGAUUGAGGAGCAGGUAGCGAAACAACGUGCAAAGUUUGAGGAAGUCCACGGGAUGCAACAGGAUGACCUACAGAAACGUCUCUCCCAAAUCUCUCAGUCGGGGGUCUCCCAGGUUCAGUUUGAACGAGACAUGCAAAUGUUGUCAAUUCAACAGGAUGAGGAAAGGAGGAGAGAGAAAGUGGGUCAAAAUAAAGUCUGGGCAAAGCAUGCAGCAGGCAAGGCAAAGCACAGAUCUCCAAUUGCAGAACAAUCACAGAAUAAUCUAUCCAGGCAAUCAGCUGCAAAUAGCACUCAAUUUAAUUCCAAUAACAACCAUAAGAUGGCACCACAGACAAUAGCUUCGAAUUCCAGGCCCUCCGCGUCAACUCACGUUCCUGUUGUUAUCCCAGCAAUACACAGUUUACGUAACUCAGAUUUAUUUCACAAUUCAUCGAACGAUAUGGAGAAUAUUAAAGGGUCUCCAGUAAUGGCAAUGAAACAAACAAUUGAUGAACAGUUUGAGGGGUCUGGGUUAGGAAUAAAGGUGGAAGAUUAUACAUAUCCCGUGAGUCACUGGAGACCCCCUCAAAGCAAUGCUAACAAUGUGCCUAAUAGAGAAAUAAGCAGCAUUAUGUCAUCGAGACCGCUUCCUGACACUCCAUCUCACCAUAGCAAUGGAGUUCGUAAUAAAGACAAAUCAAAAUUUAAGACUAGGAGACCCAAGAGUCUCGACUCACAAGAUACAUCAGAAAAUCUUCAACAAUUUGGUAGAUCAAAUACUCGAGAUAAAGAGAGACUAAAAAAUCGGGAUAUAGGAAGAGUAAGACCAAAUAGUCGAGAUAUACAAAGACCAAAUAGUCAAAUCAUAGAACAACCUAAUAGUCAAGGUCAAGGACAAAAUGGUUGGGAUUUACAAAGACCACAUAGCCGAGAUAAAGAAAGACCUAACAUGCAGAAUAUUCCUAGAGCAAAUAGCCAGGAUUCACCACAGGGUAAUGAAACUUCAUAUCGGUAUAAUGUCCUGGAAAAACGAAAUAGUCCUGAGAAUCAUGAGCCACCACAUAAUAAUCAUGACACACCUACAUUUCCUGAUAACAUGCGUGAGCAUAUCUAUGAUCAUGGAGAGAUAUACAACAAUCAUGAUAACCCUGAGGAUGCCUACAGGUUCAAUACGCAACCCUCUAGCGAUGCAUGGCAGAGGAGAUAUCAAAACUCUAGUCCAGGAAACGAAAGCCAAGACCAAGCAUGUGCCCCUCCUACUCCCACUCGGUAUGACUCAUUGAAGAGGCUGGAAGCUGAGGGUCUGAUAGACUGUAAUACACUUCAGCAAGCAGCAUGGUACCAGGCAGGCAUACCCAGGGAGAUAGCACUGGAGGUAUUGUCAACGGAAGAUAUUGGUGCGUUUAUAGUGCGAGAGAGUAGCACCCAUCCCAACUGCUUUGCUCUGUCUGUCAAGGUACCUAAAUACGAUAACCCACAUGGCAUCAACCAUUACCUAAUACAGAGAACCCCUAAAGGUGUGAGGUUAAAGGGUCUGGAUAAAGAGUGGCCAAGCUUGACAUCUCUAGUCAUCCACCUGACAGUCAUGGCAGAGAUCCUCCCAUGUACACUUAAGCUGGCCAGGAAUGCGCGCAACCCAGCCUUUCGGGACUAUGAGGGAGAGGGUGGAGCUGAUGCAGAAAAUGAUGGUGAUGAGGACUACCAGAGAUUGACUGAUUUCUCCUCAAUGAUGAAGGAUAUGAAGUAGUGAUAGAUGAUGAUGCAAAAGAUGUGGGAUGCAUCGUUAGGAUUAUAGACCUACUGGUCAAAGUCACAAAAAUUAUAUUCCUAUGCUUGUUAUCACAGGAAAAAUCAACUGGACCUGAUGGAAACUAUCUUGCUCUGGGCUAUUGCUUACGCCACACCUGAUACGGAUGUGACUUUAUGCUGUGUGCUUCGAGAGUAAAUAAGCUUAUUAUCAUGCCUAGAUGCCCUGUACAUAUGUCACUGAGUGUUUGCAGAUUGGCAUGUCUUUCCACUCUUGGGAUAAUUCCUUUCCAUUGGUACACUUUCCUUGUGUAUCAGUAUAAUAAUCUUGUUUAUAUUUCAUGGAUGGUGUGGAUGUGAAAUGAUUAAGGAAUGCAAUUGAGAGAGAUUUAAAAUUGAAAGUAUCAGAAAAUAUAUUGUUGAGUAAGUUGCUGUCCCCUCUCUUUAUCAAUGU